AUGAAAGCCCCAGCGAAACGGCCCUUGGCGGCCGAGCUCGCUCCGUGGAGGCUUCUGUGCGCGGCUGACACUCGCGUGCAUGCAAUCCUACUGCUCAUCGCUGCCACUGUUUUCAGUAACGGAGUGUGCGUAGGCAUGGCGUUUGACGACGAUUCGGCUAUCAUCAGCAACCCCGACGCCUACGUGGACAAGACGUCACUCGGGUCCAUAUUCUACAAUGACUUCUGGGGCAAUCCGAUCGACAGCUUCAAGUCGAACGGGUCCUACCGUCCCAUCACCGUGCUCACCUUUCGCAUCCAGCACUGGUUGAUGGGCUACCACCACAGCCCCGCCUUCCUCCACAGCUUCAACUACACAAUUGCGUACCUCAACGUGUGCCUCGUGUUUUACCUCGCUCGCUUGUACGUCUACGUCGUGGUGCCCGGCGCAGUGCUCGCCGUCGAGAAUGCCAAGGCGCUGUCCUUCACGGCUGUGCUGACCUCUCCGGUUUAUGCGGUGCCCUUCAUGGCGGCUCUGCUGUUCCUCGUGCACCCCGUCCACGUCGACGCCGUCACGUCCAUCGUGGGCCGGUGUGAGCUGCUCUACUGCCUCUUUGGGCUCAUUGGAUUCUUCUGCAUUCACCGGUAUCUGAACCAAGUCGAUGAAACCAAACGCGAAGCCUCAGUGACUGCAGCGCGCCCCGCAAAACAGUCGAAGGGGGUGCGCAGGCCCCAGGGACAGUUUCAGAAGCGUGUCAGUGCGGAACACUACGUUAUCUUGUCCAUUUGUGCACUUGCGGUAGGCGUCCUCUGCAAGGACAGCGCCAUCACGUUCACCGCCAUCUACGGCGUUCACGCGUGUGUCAUGUACGCCUGUGGGCGGUGCCAGAAGCGUCACUCGUUCGUGGUGAUUCUUUUGGCAGUAGUGGAGCUGCUGGGCUAUCUCGCCUUCCGACACGCGUUUGUGGGCAAUGUCGACCUCCGGAGGAACCCAAUGCUGAACCAGUCGGAGCACCCGCAGUACUUUGUGCCGAAAGGUCUCUUUCACUGGCUCAGCAUUCGGUGGGUGAUUCAGGUGAAGAACUUGGAGCUGCUUUUCUUCCCCACAUCGCUGUGCAACGAGUACAGCUUCAACUGCAUCCCGCAUCUACACAGCCUGCUCGAUCCCCGCGUGCCGAGCUUUCUCGCGAUCAGCGGCGCUGCCGUGCUCACGCAGCUGAGUCUGUUGUUCGGCACGUUUGCGCAACGUUCGCGCGCCGCGCUGGCGGGCCUCGCCGGGUUCCUCUGGAUGGCAAUUUCGUACGCCCCGGUCAGCCAUCUCUUUGUCGCUGUUGGCACCUUCAUCGCGGAACGUUGUCUGUACGUGCCGUCCAUCGGCGCGGUGCUGCUCAUCACCUUCAUCGUAGCCGCCCCGGGCCUUCGCGAUGGUGUCGUCGCGCGCUACUUUUACGCGCUGCUGCUGUUGUGCGUUGGCUGGGGUGUCUUCUCCCACCGGCGCAACGACGACUGGCAGUCCAACGAGCACCUGUCGCGGGCCGCCACUCGUACCUGUCCAAAUAGUGGCAAGGCACACUUCCAGCUCGCUGCCGCCGUGGCUGCCCGGGAGAACUUCGUGACGCCAGAGGUGUUAGCUUUGGCGCGGCGUUCGCUGGAGCUAGACCCGUCGUCCCCCCGCGGCUACUACUACUUGGCUCUCUAUGAGCUGCACGUCAACCACGACAAGCACAAGGCCUACGAGUACCUCCGCAAAUGCCAGGCCGAUCCGUUCGCUUACGAGCCGUGUCAGGACCUGUACCAGCGAGUGCGCAGUGUUGUGUACCCCGAAAUGACGGAGGUAGAACAAUAUGUAGACCUCGCCGCCGUUGUACCCCGCGACUCGUACAAGGCGGUGUACCUCCGUCUGGCCGGCGUCGUAGCGCUGCAGGGCGACGGCAAGCCUUGUCUGGCGAAGACGCUGCUUCACAGAGCCAUGACCAGGUGGAACAAAUCUAAUUUGUAUUGGAUGUCGGACGAGGUGAGCCGGGGAGCUGGGGAGUCCACGUACUGCAACGCGCUCUACUGGUACGGGCAGUCGAUCUUGCAGUGCGAGGAGCAAUUCAUGGUCAGCGGCAUCGACUCGGCGAGGGCAGAGGAGGAGAGCGAAGGCGACGACACCGACGACGACGCACACUCGAGCAGUUCGCAGCCCUCGAGGAAGUUUUCUCCCCCUACACCGCAGGAGGCAGUGCGUCGAGCGGCGGCCGUCGCGGAGCAUUUCCGUCACUGCGGCACCGACUGGCCUAGCUUCCUAUCGGAGCCAACGUACAACUACAUCACUAUCCCACAUCGCAUGACAGAUUACGUUGUCGUAGGCGCCCUCACCGCCUCUCUCAUAGCCCACUUCAUGAACUACACCAAGAGGGACACGCCGGAACAGAACACGCUGCUGCUAACCUACCUGGACACCACGUUGCGCCGGUACUGCCACUUUAGCGCUCUCCUGCACGAUGACUACGUAAAUACGAAGCUUAGCCAGCUGUUCAAGAACCAGAUGCAGAAAAUUGUGCAAGAAUCGUCGGCGAUGCGCGGCACGCUUGUCUCCGAGAUUCAAGUGACGGUGCGCGAGCUCCGAGGCGCCAGCUCGCUCAGUGCCGCUCAGAGAGAGACGCUCCGGCGUCUUGUGGCCACAUCGCCAUGUGCCAGCGAGCUCCUCUCUUUUGCUCUUUAG